AUGAGUGCUAAUAAUCUAAAAAAUAAAGGCAACGUAAAGAAAAAAGACAUGAAACCAAAACCAGCUGAAAAGAGACAAAGGAAACAAGAAGAUUGGGUGUUGACGCUUGAAAAUGAAGCACUUGCAGCCCAACCAGCUGAUUAUACAUACCAAAAACUUGCAGAAUGUACUACAAUGCGACCGGAAAAUGCACGGAUGAAUCGACUUGGACUUUUGGAAAAAGGGCCGAAUUUACGUUUGAUUUCGCGAAGUCUUUGGCUCAAUAAUAAUAGAAUCGCCAGUUUAAGAAAUAUACAUGAUUUUGUAAAUAAUACCUUGGAAUUUCCAGAAUUGCUGGGAUUUCUUGAUGUUUCCUGCAAUGAACUGACUGAAAUCCACAACGACUUAUUUCGUUUUCCAAAUAUUACAGUUCUUUACCUGCACGGCAAUAAACUAUCCGAACCUAAGGAUAUUUUUGCUCUGCGCAAGCUGAAAAAACUGCAGCAUUUGACAAUUUAUGCAAACCCAUGGUGCGAACGCACCGAGUUGGGUAACAUGCGCCAAUUAGUGGCCUCUUAUCUGCCAAGAUUAAACAAGUUGGAUCAUAAUCGCUUCACACGUUUAGAACGUGACGCACCGUUAUCAACGCAUGCUUUGAAAAUUUUAAGAGAACUCACGGGAAUGCCAGAGGAUUGGUUGUUUAAAAAGUUUCCAAAACCAAAGUUGACGCCUGAAAUUGAAGAAUAUUGCAAUUUGAAAAAAGCAUCUAAAGGAAGUGCUGAAGAAGAUAACGAAACGAAAAACUGA